AUGUCGAAUGUAAGUAAUGCUCUUGUAUGGGAAUUAACCAGAAAAAGCAACUGCUUUAUUAAAAAAAACAAAGCAGGAAAAAAAGGAGUUUUCUUAUGUGACCCUUUGAAUGUAAAUUAUAAGAAUACACCAUCCAGUAGUGGACUUGUAAAAAGUAACUCUACCAAUGUUACCUUGAAAGAUGGAAAAGUCGUUUUCUCCGUUAAAACAUCAAAGGAAUCAAAUGUCGUGAACCAACACUUCAAAGCUAAGAAUAUGAAGAAUGUAGAAAAGCUUCUCCAACAACAUGGAACUUUUGAAAAAGCAAAGAAUAAAGAAAAACUUUUAAAGAAAUAUAAACGUUUGUCUAAAUUAUAUGAAACAUCUCAUAAAACAACAAAUUAA